AUGUCUGGGAGAGGUGGUCCACAUACAUACAAAGUUUAUGUUGGUAACCUCGGGUCUAAUGGUUCCAAAGCAGAGCUAGAAAGAGAGUUUGAAAGAUUUGGAAGACUCCAUGAUGUGUGGGUUGCUCGCAAUCCACCUGGAUUUGCCUUUGUAGAAUUUGAUGAUCAGCGUGAUGCUGAAGAUGCUGUGAAGUCACUUAAUGGUUCUCGCAUUUGUGGAGAAAGAGUACGUGUAGAAAUGGCUCGCAACCGUGGCAGAGGUGGUGGGGGAGGGGGUCGAUCGGUUCGCUCAGACUACCGCGAUGACCGUGGCGGGGGUCGCCGUUUUGAUGACAGGGCUGACCGUUUUGAUGACAGGUCAAGGUCACCAUAUAGGUAUGUUCUGUUGUAUUAUGAUCUGCUUUUGAAAGUAUUCCCCUGACAGGAUUGCAUUUGAUUACAAGUUUGUAGUUAAUGUAAGAAUUAGACUUAAUCUAAAAUUCUUAAUUAAGUUUGUGAAGGUUAUUUUCCCCUUACCGGGAGCUUCUCUGAAAUUCUCAAAGGUAAUGAUCUGAGUUUGCCUGUGAAUGAUCAAGAUGGUUUUCCUUACAAUAUCAUGGCAAUAUCAAGAAGACAAUUAAUGAGCAAAGGGAAAAGUAUCAACAGGUUGAUUUUUAAGUUAAACCAAAGCCAUAUUCUCAGAACUAACAUCAUUAGAAUUGUAUGGCAAACAAUAACGAGAGUUACUAGUGAGAUCUUCAAAGUGAAACUGUUAAUUUUGAAAUCCUAUUAGUCCAUGGGACCAGUGGAUGACUGAUAUGGAAAAAGUGUUCAUAGUACUCUUCUUUUGAAGAUAAAAUAAGAAAUAAUCGGUAAAUUAUCAAGCAUAAAUUACCUUUGCCUUUAUAUUUGCCAUUCCUAGUUGUUUUCUUUCAUGCUAGCUUAAGGGCUGGUUUAAUGAGCUGUUGGCUUAAUGUAUGUGAUAACACAUAUGAAAUGUGACAGUGUUGCUGGGACUGUGAUAUAUGGCAAUUUAAAAUUUGAAGCAAUGCAGUUAUGGGCAGUCACAUUUCAAAAGUGUUUUUGUAGUUAUGUCAAGAGGGCAUUUCAAUUGAGUGUCUCAGAAACAAGACCAAAGUAAUAAGCACAUCCAGUCAUAAAUUUGGAAAAUAACAAGUCAAGCUGAAAGGAGCUCUGAGUAAAAACAGCCAGAAACUGCCAGAUGCAGGGAAAAACAUGUGACUGGUUGUGAUUGAAUUUAAUUUUGUAUCUAAUUGGCUAUUAUGGUACAGGCUUUGUUGACCAAUUGUAUAGCAAGCAAACUUGUUCUAAACAAUCAUGUGACAUUUGACACUCAGUUGAAAAUUUAUUUUGAUCAAUGUGGUAAUACUCUAUUGCUGAUGUUCAUGUCAUGUCUGGGUUAUUCUUUAGGGACUACUUAGCUACACUCCCAAUGAUAACCUCGCCCAACUUGACCACUUUCAUAUGGUUCUGAGCCCAGCUUCCUUCGAAAAGGAUUCUCCCCAGCAGCCCCUUCUCCCAAGCCAUGGACCAACAACCUUUCUUCAACUUUUCACCCACCUCCUUUUCACUUCAACCUCCCUCAGUUUUCCAUCAGUUAAUGGUCAUUGUAAUCCCUUCAUGCAUCCUUCCAACUCCUGGCAUAGACCUUGAAAAGUGUUCCUCUACCCUUUUUUUAAAUUCUCGCACACUAAUUUGGUCAUCGCUGCAUUUCAAGACUCAAGGAGUACCCGAGCUGACAUAUUUAGUUGUAACUUCGGAAAACUGCUGGUCUCCUGGGGCAUGCUAUAGCGACGCAUUCAUUAUUUUCUGGUUAUGGAAUUCCAUAUGAUACUAAAGGGAAAAUUCUUCAGUGUCUUGAAAAUUGGCCAUGGAGUGGUAAACAACAGAGCUGUAACAAUACCACACUUGCUUGAGGGUGUAGUCAUCUAGAGUGAGUAAGAUGAAGUGUUUGCUAUCUUUGGUAUGCCUCUGAACUUUACAUUUACUGCACUACCAACUGCAGCCUUCAGUAGGGGACUGAGUGAGUCAACUGGCUAAAACGAGAGUCAUCACAUCGGAGAAGCAACUGUUGCUAAGUCUUCCUAAUGUCAGAAAAUUUGCUGUGUUGUGUCACUCACUCACGAUCAUCGGUGGCAACUAUAAGCUGUCAGUGACCACACCUGAAGACUCCAGAAGGAAGAGCGUGACUCAAACCCUUUUAAUCAUGCCAGCCAAUUUCUCCCUUACGCAGCUUUGUGAAAUUACCAUUUCAGACUUCAUCUUGAAGCCAUAGGUAGUGUCAUUGUUGUAGCUUGUGUACACUUUGGAAUAAAAAGGGUUUUGUUAAUAAUUAUGUGGGAUCAAAGGAAGUUAUAACUUGUAACAAAGACAAGGGAAUUGUGCUGUAAGGGUAUAGAAUGUAUUAUUGCUUGUGUAGAUAAAUAUGUCAACCUGUUCAUUUCCAGUAGGGAUAAGAACCUAAAUUCUCCUUGAUAUUUCAAUACAUUGUUAAACAGAAAGGAAAUGAGAAGUAGGAAAAUUAUUCACUAAGAGAUAUUAUUUGAAUAGAAGAACAAAAUUCCCCAUCAGAACCAACAAAGACAUGUAUUGUUAUUAAAGAGGAAAGUUUGAUAUACAUGUAACUGUCAGUUACUAGGGUGCUCUGUUGAAGAUGGGUACUUUCAUGUCUUUGUGCAUCUCGUUUUAGAGUUAUAGUUGUGAUUAUGUCAUCCAAAUUUAGAAACAUUGUCUCAUCUGUAAAUGGUCUCGUUAACUGUGCAUCAGUCAUUGAUAAAAUAUUUUAGCUUUAGUUUUGCUAUAUUGAUUUGCGAAGGUAAAUGGUAUUACAAACAUUUUAUUGGUCGAAAUAAUUUUGAAACAUUUAUGCUUGUAUUAGGAUCACAUAUAUUGCAAUUGUUUCAGAAAAAUUUUAUGUCUCUGCCAUGUAGAUUGAUUGGGGUUGAAAUUCCAUGUACCAUGUGGUUUUGGAAAACCCCCACUUUGAAUUAACACCUGUGGAAUGUUUUAACCACACUAGGCAAAGGGCUCUGUUGUUCAAAAAAAUCUGUCAGACUUGAUGCAAGUCACAACCCUGGAUAAUAACUACAGCACCCUUCAUUGAAGUUCUUUUGUUUUUAUUUUGUAUGACAGGUCACCACCGCGGCGAGUGAGAGGAGGAAGGUCUCCUGAAGGAGACAGGCAUGUUUUUAUCUCAAGUGUACUUUUGUUUACAAGCACAAUAUUUUGUAUUAUUUAUAUUUAGGGUGUUCAUGCUACAGAAACCAGGGAUUAGCUCUGGCAGACAUGACCCAUUGGACUGCGAGGACUGAAUCCUAGUUAAAGAGUUAAAAUACACAGCCCAGGCACUUUUUGCACUUUUUCGUUUAGAAGUGGUAGUUUAUCUGGGUUUCCAGGGAAGGUUAGAAAAUAGCUUUGAAAUACAGUGAAUUUUGCACAAAGGCAGAUUUGAGUACUUCCUUUGAUGUAAAUGUAGCCAUUGGAAAUGCAAUUUUGUGAAGUUUUUACUUCUUCUACAAUUUUAUCCUCAAGUUUAUACUCUUUUAUUUUUUGUCAACAGGUGGGGAGGAAGGGGAAGGAGCAGGUCUCGUAGUCCUCGACGUUACUAGUCAACUCAACCAUGGUAAGGUAAACAUAGCGUCAAACCUGGCAUUACCAAAUGAUAUCCAAUCAGAGAGCAAUGCAUAACAUUUAAAUUUUAACUGGACCAAUGAGAUUGCUGCAAUGUGAAAUUAACCCUUGAACUGCCAGAAGUGAUUAUCAUGUAACUUCUCCCAAUGAUAUCCAUACAUUAUCCACCAAACAGGUAAUGCGAAUACUGAGAUAUGAGGUGGAAGUUGAUCUAACACCAAAUUCUCAUAACUGAUUUGCAAGGAAAAUAUAUAGCAACUAGAGGGGAGAAUUAGCAAUCAGAUCUUGGGAGUUGAAGGGUUAAAAUAAAGAUAUAAAAAAACUGUAGAGAUAGUACUUCAUUAGCUAGUUACAACAUAACUUCUUUUUAAAAGACUAGUAUGGGAGUCUAGCCAAUGACCUCCUGCAGCUUACUUGCACAAAACAUAGCAUGAAUGCUUCACAUUUGUUACCAUAUUACUGUUGUUUGUUUGUUUUUUUUAAUCCAUAUGUUAAUUUAUCUUUGUGGUUGUCUCAUGCUGGUACUCAUUCAAAUCAUUUGAAUUUUGUUUGUACAGGAGCCUUUGUACCAAUUGAUUGGUGGAAAACUUUGUACACCUCAACGCCAUGGAAAAUGUUUUUAACAUCUACGACUAUAACUUAAAGAUUCUUUUUCACUUAGUUUGCUGUAAAUGGCUGAUUUUAUGUGGUACAAAAAAAACUGAUCUUUUUAAUUUUUUCUUAUUUUAGCACCAAUCAUAUUUUGUUUAAAUGACUCAGUUUACUGAAACUGUAUACACUCAAUUGUGAAAAUGUUGACACCAAAAAAAGCAUUAACAAUGGACAAUGAGACCUCACAGCUUUUAUGGUCAGAUGUACAUGAUAACCACCAUUGGGUGCAUUUGGUGAAUGAUGGAAGCUAUCCAAGCUUUCCUGAAAGAAAGAGAUUAUCAUAAAGAAAGGAUUUUACAUGAGUAACGAGAGAAGUGAAUCACUGAGUAUUUAUCUGUGCCCACAUUCCCCAGGAAGCCAUUGGGUCUCAUCAUCUUGAAUUAUACUUUUUUUCGUAUUCACAUGUUCAUGAAGGAAACUGACUGUAUCAAAAUUACUAUACCUGUGAAACUUUUAAGAUGUUGCAUUUUAAACCUUUUGUUUUGUAUUCAUAUUUAUUUGUACCCUAUUACUCUAUUAAAGACGUGAAUUAAAUUCAAGCAAGAAAUGAUCUUGUCACCUAAGGUUCUCAAGAAAACAUUACCAGUUCUACAAUGAGUUUCACUGGGGUGGUGUGCUCUACAUCCUAGGAUAUGCUUUUCAGGGUAGAGGUUUGAAAGGGGAGGGAUUCCACUGGCCUGUGCCAGGGUUCUGGUUUAAGUACAUAAGGGAAAGAACAGAAGAAUUUAAUAUCAGUCAGAGGCAGGUGUAGUCUGUGCAAUCCUUCUUUCCCACCACCUUUUUUUCCCCUUGGCUUGAAGUCAACCUCUCUUUUUUGUCUGGUCUUUGUUCUCCUUUUCAAAAAACUGGCUGACUAUUAAGCCAAUUUUUUCAGUCUUUUUCACUAGAUUGUUCACUUUUUUCC